AUGGCUGAAAAACUCUGCCAAGUCAUGACCAAACCGGGUCCAACUCUCGAGCCUGUGCCAUAUUUUGUUUCUUCAGAGAUUCUUCGAGUUGCUGCAGAAAAAGAAAAGGCAAGCAAGCAAUGUGAUGUCAUUUCAAAACCACUUUCUGGGUCGAGUCCAGGCACAAGCGUACACAGACAGAAUCACAACUUGGUCAUCAAAAACAGAGAGGAUGCACCACAGCAAAAGAAGGUAGAUAUAUUUAACAUUCCUCGUAUGGCAGUGCCUACAAGAAACAGUGGGGAAGUAGGGAGAAAUCCGAGUCAGAUUCCAGUCACAGUGACAUUUCCAGCACUGGGAACAACCGCGAGAAACGGUGAGAAGUUAGGGAAAACCCCCAGUCAGCACCCAAUCACAGUGAAAUCUACAGCACUACCCAGAGGACAUGGCCUUCGGAGUCCCCCUGAUACAGAAGUCGGACCAGUCCUAGUAUCUGUAGUACCACCGGCUAUCAAGAAACAUGUUCCUACUUCAUCAGCCAACUCCCGUCCAAGUUCAGGCUUACCCAAUGUUGUCAAUUUGUCCCCUACCACAAGUGUCAACCAAGGAGUUAAUUCACAAAGUGAUUCUACACUUGAAAUACGCAAGUUUAUUUGCAAUAAUUCCCCAAAAAAAUCAUCUGGACCUCCAUCAAAAGUUUCAAAACCACACUUAAGAUUGAUUCAAAGGGUUUCAAAAAGGCCCAACAGCCCCAUGAAGUGGGUUGUUGAUGAUGAUGAUGAUGAUGAUGAUGGCGGCGGCCCAACAGCUCCAACUCUUGAUCCCAUUGAUUCUUCCGUUGCUUCAGAGAUUUUCCGAGUUGUUGCGGAGAGAGAAAACCUUGGAAAGCACUGCGACGUCAUCCCAAAACCAGAAUCUGGGUCAAGUCAGGGCAAAAAUGUUCAAGGACCGGAAACCGUAAUCGUUUGUGAUGGUAAAGUGUUUUUAGUGCCAAAACAUUGCAGCUUACAAUUUGAAACUGGGAAAAGUAACUCGCCCUUGGCAGAAAGCAAAGCAUAUGAAUUCAACAAAACUAUCGGACCUUCUUGCCAACAAUCAGUGAAGGCAUCUGCUCUUCAGAAAAGGGGGGGCCUCCAAAUAAUCCCUCAAGAUGAGUCAUGCGAAGUGAUUGACCUGUGUGAUGAUGGCGCUCACAAGGACUCGUCUCAACCAUCAGUUCAUUUGCCAGGAGUCACUCAUCCAUUCACCUCCGACAGCAGCAGUGGAAUAUGCUGUCAAAUAGAAAAGGAUACCGACAAAAUUGAGGUUUGGAACCAAAAGGUCCUCAAACACUGUGACAUUCCCAUCAACCUCAUCUGUACCUUGUGUUUGGUGCUAAUGCUCUGUGAGUCCUGCUACAAGUUGGACAUCUACGCUGGCAGCGGAAUCCUGUAA